AUGGCUUCAUCAAUACAUAACCGCAAACCUAGUGAAAUCUUCAAAGGACAAGCUCAUUUAUACAAACACAUGUAUGGAAUGCUGGAUUCCAUGUGUCUUAAAUGGUGUAUUGAAAUGAACAUACCAAACAUAAUCCACAAUCAUGGCCAACCAAUUUCUCUUUCAAACCUAGUUUCAAUUCUUCAAGUUCCAUCAACCAAAUUCGGUAACCUACAACGUCUCAUGCAUUACCUUGCACACAAUGGAUUCUUUGAAAUAAUAACAAAUCAAGAGUUAGAAAAUAGAGAAGAAGCUUACGCUCUCACCGUUGUCUCAGAGCUUCUUGUUAAAGGAACUGACCUUUGUUUAGCACCAAUGGUAGAGUUAGCUCUUGAUCCAACCUUUUCGGGUUCGUAUCAUGAGCUAAAAAAGUGGAUUUACGAAGAAGAUCUUACACUCUUUGAUAUAACUUUAGGAUCUGAUAUUUGGAAGUUUCUCAAUAAAAACCCUGAAUAUAACCGAUUGUUUAACGAGGCAAUGGCUAGUGAUUCGAAAAUGAUAAACUUGGCAAUGAAAGAUUGUAAUUUUGUGUUUGAUGGAUUGGAUUCUAUUGUGGAUGUUGGAGGUGGAACUGGAACAUUGGGUAAGAUUAUUUGCGAGACAUUUCCGAAGUUGAAAUGUGUUGUGUUUGAUCUUCCACAGGUUGUAGAGAAUUUAUCUGGAAACAACAAUUUGACAUAUGUUGGUGGAGAUAUGUUCGAAUCAAUUCCUAAGGCUGAUGCAGUUCUUCUUAAGACAAUUUUACAUGAUUGGACUGAUAAGGAUUGCAUAAAGAUACUGAAAAAAUGUAAAGAAGCAAUUACAAGUGAUGAGAAAACAGGAAAAGUGAUUGCCAUCGAAAUUGUGAUGAAUGAAAAGAAAGAUAAUAGCGAAAUUACUCUAUUGAAGAUGCAAAUUGAUACAUGCUUAGCAUGUAUCAAUGGAAAAGAAAGAAAUGAGGAAGAAUGGAAGAAACUCUUCGUGGAAGCAGAUUUUAAAGACUACAAAAUAUUUCCCUUGACUGGAUUUUUAUCUCUGAUUGAGAUUUAUCCUUAA